GUAUUAGUUAAUAUUGGCAACCAUUUUGACCUUGCUUCCAGUAUAUUUGUAGCACCAAGAAAAGGGAUAUAUAGUUUCAGUUUCCACGUGGUCAAGGUCUAUAACAGACAAACUAUCCAGGUAAGUUUAAUGCAAAACGGCUACCCAGUGAUUUCAGCUUUUGCAGGGGAUCAGGACGUCACCAGAGAAGCAGCCAGCAAUGGAGUCUUGCUCCACAUGGAAAGAGAAGACAAAGUACAUCUCAAACUGGAAAGGGGUAACCUCAUGGGAGGGUGGAAAUAUUCAACCUUUUCUGGCUUCUUAGUAUUUCCACUAUAAAAGAAGGCCAAAUAGGAGACCGAUCCGUGAGCUGGAGCAAGGAUUCAAUCAUUAACGUCACUGAACUUGGCAGCACAUGACAGUAUUUCCACUCACCCCGUCAGACUGUCACGGUAGAAGAAUGAUAACCUUCUAAACUCCAACAUUUGCUUUGAAUAUUGACAAUUCCUUGGGAACCUGCGCCUCUAAUUAGUUUUAGACGACAGUGAUCUUUAGGAGAAAUGAAAUUAUCGACCUGAGCAAUUUGUACCUGUGAUUGUAAAGUCAAUUUUGGAUUUUAUUGUUGGGAUCGUUGACUUUCUUAUUUUUUUUUUUUUUCCCUCUGUUUCAUUUUUUCUCUUUUUCUUUCUCUUGUUGUUGCCCCAAUGAGACAAAUAACUCGGACCACACAAUCGCUUUGUCAAAGGCUCGCUCCAGAGCCAGAAGAAUGAAGUGUUCAGCCCAAUGAGGUGUUCUUUUCAUGCUUUAUUUCUUUGUGUUGUAUAGCCUUAAGGAAAAAAAGAAAAAAAAAAGAAAAAAAAAGGAAAAAAGAAAAAAAAAGAACGGCUUCAGUCUCAGUCCUGUAUUUUUCUGGGGGAGGGGAAUUCUGGACAUUACUGUGUCAAGAAGUGCUUUAUCCAGUUAAGCAAAAUUUGCACGAUUGGAACCUUAUUUGUUUUGUGUUGUUCGUGUUUUUUUCAUCGACUUUUU